AUGGCUCGGACAGGGAAUAAAAACAUUGUCUUUGGACUUCUUCUUGUUACUUUUGUUCUAAUCAGUGUUUCGCUCUAUGCAAAUCUUGAUUCCGGAUCUCGAAAUGAAGCUAUUAGUCGCACGGGUGAAUUAAAAGCUCUUAAGCAACAAGUUGAAGAAAUGAAUAAACAACUUCUUGAGAAUCGGGAAGCGAUGAAAAAGAUGGAAGAGGAGUUAGAACAGGCGGAAAAGAUGAGUAAACGGAAAAAAAUAGAAAAUGAAAACAUAGUUUAUGACCAAAAAGCAGAAGCAGAAGCUGAAUUAGUUAAAAACGUUGACCAACUUGAAGGCGACGCUGAUCAUAAAGCUGUAGAAGAUGAGCAUGAUGGUAAACAAGUUGUACCUGAGCCAGUUUUCCGUAACAAAGUUGCUGUGGUUCAUAAUAGUCGGUUAACUUCAAAUAAGGAUGUCUGCCGCUUAGCUUCAAACUUCUCCCAUACAGAAUCAGAUUUACAAAUGCUGGAUAUCUAUGACAUUCUUCCUUUUGAUAAUCCUGAUGGAGGUGUUUGGAAACAAGGAUGGGAAGUGAAAUAUACCCGUGAAGAAGAAGAAAAUAACCAUUUGAGAGUAAUUGUCAUUCCUCACUCUCACUGUGAUCCAGGGUGGAUCAAAACUUUUGAGCAGUAUUAUUCUGAUCAAACAAGAGAAAUACUCUCGGCCAUGGCGAGACAUUUGAAAGAUAAGCCGGAUAUGAAGUUCAUUUAUGCGGAGAUGUCAUUCUUCGAACUAUGGUGGAGAGAACAGACUCCGGAGGUCAGAGACUCUGUGAAAAAGUUUUUGAAAGAGGGGCAGCUCGAAAUUGUUACUGGAGGAUGGGUUAUGACUGAUGAAGCUAAUGCACAUUACUUCUCCAUUGUGACUGAGCUGUUUGAAGGACACGAGUGGUUGAAAAAUCAUGCAGAUUUUGUCCCGAAUUCCCAUUGGUCUAUCGAUCCCUUCGGAUUGUCUCCAACGUUACCGUUCCUUCUCUCCGCUGCAAACAUUACAAACGCUGCCAUUCAGAGAGUUCAUUAUUCUGUUAAGAAACAUUUAGCAAAAAAUAAGCAACUCGAAUUCAUGUGGAGACAACUCUGGGGAGGAAAGAAAGAUGUCAGAACGCAUAUGUUCCCCUUUUAUUCCUAUGAUAUUCCACACACCUGUGGACCUGAGCCUCGAAUCUGUUGUCAGUUUGAUUUCAACCGUUUACCUGGUGGAGGACAUAGUUGUCCCUGGAAUGUUCCUCCACAACGUAUUAACGAUAAUAAUGUCGAGGAAAGAGCUUUCAUGUUAUAUGACCAAUAUAGAAAGAAGAGUCAGCUCUAUAAAACAAAUGUUCUUCUUAUUCCGCUCGGAGAUGAUUUCAGAUAUGCAUCCGAUUUCGAAUGGAAUGAGCAACAUGAUAAUUAUAAAAAACUGAUGGCUCACAUGAAUUCCAAAGCAAAAUGGAACGUCAAGGCCUCGUUUGGAACAUUAUCCGAUUACUUCAAAGCUCUGUCUGAAGAGUUAGAGAAAGAGGAAAGCAAGCUGCCCACUCUUACUGGAGACUUCUUCACUUACGCUGAUAGAGAUGAUCACUAUUGGAGUGGAUACUUCACGUCUAGGCCUUUCUACAAGCAGAUGGAUCGUGUUCUUCAGCAUUAUGUUCGAUCUGCUGAUAUUGCUUACACGCUAUCACAGUUGAAUGGUUUCGAUACUAAUGAAGUUUUUGAUGAUUUGGUUAGAGCUCGAAGAGCUCUUUCGCUGUUCCAACAUCACGAUGGAGUUACUGGCACAGCAAAGGAUGCUGUAGUAAUUGAUUAUGGACAAAGAAUGCUAGAUGCUCUUUACUUCUGUGAGAAGGCUUUGUCAAAAAGUUUAGGUCAACAGUUAGGCAUCUCAUCCGAUCUGAAAAUGCAUGAAAUUCGAGAUGAGCAGGAUGCAUUACCCAACAAACGUGUAUUCGUGAACGGAGAUGCUCUUGUUGUGUUCAACUCGCUUGGUAGAACACGCAACACCCCGAUAUGCAUAACAGUAUCCAACAACAACCUUGUGAUUGAUGGCGUGAAGACUAAUGAUCAACAAAUCGCUCCAGCUUUCAAGCUUUCCGAAAACAAGUUAGUAACUAUUCCGGAUAAUUUCGAGCUUUGUUUCGUACAUCCGAUAAAACCACUGUCUUCUCAAGUGUUCAGAGUUGUUCAAGGAGAUACAUCUACCAAGAGUAAAGUAUCAUCCAACGUUGAGACAAUACAUCCCGAUUUUUCUACUGAGUUGUUGAACGGAGAUAUAGUUUUGAAGAACGAUUUAUUAGAAGCAAUUUUUGAUGGUUCCACAGGAUAUAUUAAGAGUGUCACUCCUCAAGGCAGCUCUGUUGUUAACGUCGACAUGAAAUUCAUGCACUAUGGUGCACGUCCUCAUAAGCGAAUGAAUAAUGGCGGAGGUGAUGAUCUCUCCGGCGCAUAUCUAUUUUUGCCUGAUGGGGAAGCUAACGAGAUAAGCAGUGCUAACAAUGAAGUUGUGGCCUUGUCCGGUCCUGUGUUCAGUAAAGUCAUCAUAGCCGGUCCAGGUGAUGCACAAGUUCACCAGGUUUCCACAUUAUUCCGAGGAUCCCCCAGCAUAGAUUAUGCAACUGAAGUGGAUAUUAGAUCUCAAUCUAAUUACGAGUUAGCUAUGCGUUUCAUCAGUUCUGUUAAUAGCGGAGAUGAUCUCUACACAGAUCUAAACGGGCUACAGCUUAUCCGCCGCAAACGUAUGCUAUCCAAACUUCCUUUGCAAGCCCAUUACUAUCCAAUGCCUGGCAGUGCGUUCAUAGAGGAUUCGUCGACAAGAUUGUCUCUUUUGGGUGCUCAAGCCUUAGGUGUUGCAAGCUUGAAAUCGGGUCAUAUGGAAGUGAUGUUGGAUCGUAGGCUCAAUCAAGAUGAUGGCAGAGGACUUUUCCAGGGAGUGCUGGACAACAAAAGAACAUUAUCGAGAUUCCGAUUAUUGGUCGAGCCUUUAUCUAAGUCAAAUGAAGAUGUUAACGCGAGAGUUGGCUUCCUUUCUUCUUCCGCUCAUAUGGAAUCACAGGAGAUUCACUAUCCAUGGAUUCGUAUGAUGGGGAAAGACGUCUUAACGGCUCCAUCGUUCGUAGGACUGAAGGAUGAACUUAACUGUGAUGUUCAUAUUGUUGCUUUGAGAACAAGCGCGCAACCUGUUGAUUAUGAAAAUAAGCCUAAAGUAUCAUCCAAAAAUGAGGCAGCUCUCAUAGUGUUCCGUCCUAUGGUUGAUUGUAGAAGCAACUUACAGAUUCCCUCUUCCUGUGCAUCGAAAUCCCAUUCAAUUGAGUUCAAAAGUCUACUGUCUAACAUCAAAAACGCUCAAUCUUCGUCAUUAACUAUGCUUUAUGAAGGCGAAACCUUGACAAAUUUGGAAACUCAGCCUCAAGAAAUGAAUACGAUUAAACUUAUGUGUUCAGUUCUAACCUUACUUCUACAAACAAUGCAUGCUACAGACUUCAGACGACGAUCUAGCGUUACUGCGCCCCUCAUGUCCGGAGGGAACGGGACAAAGAUCUUGAUCGAUCAGUCGAAAAAGGAAACCUUCACUAUUCAUAACUCACUAAGAAACAUAAAUAGAAGGUUACGCAGCUCAUGGACGGUAGAAAUAAAUCAGGAGGAAAUAACAAUCGGUAGCCUAGAGAAUGUUCGUUUACUAAUUAUACCUCAUCCUAAAGCCAAGUUCAACAUAACAGAGAUUGAAGCUAUUCGGAAGUAUAUCAGUUCAGGAGGGAGCUUGUUUGUGUUGAUGUCAGAAGGAGGCGAACAAGGCUCAGAUACAAACAUAAAUUUUUUGUUGGAGGAAUAUGGAAUUUUCGUGAAUAGCGAUUCUGUCAUUCGGACAAUUUUUUUCAAGUAUUUCGAUCCCAAAGAAGCAAUGAUAUCAAAUGGAAUUAUAAAUCGAGCAAUUGGUGAAGCAGCUAAAAAGACGGUUACCAAUGACCAAAAUAAUAAUUCUCAAUCUCUAACUUUUGUAUAUCCUUUCGGAGCCACAAUAUCCGUGAACAGAUUAUCUACCGCUAUCCUUUCGUCUGGCAGUACAUCGUUUCCUAUUUCCCGUCCAAUAUGUGCCACACAUCAAACCGAAAAUGGAGGAGGAAGAAUUGUAGUUUGUGGUUCAGUACACAUGUUUACAGACCAAUAUAUUGAAAAAGAAGAAAAUGGAAAAAUCUUUGAUGUUCUAAUGGAGUAUUUGGUGAAUGGCUUGGAGUUGAACAAGAUUGAUGCAUCCGAUCCUGAAUUGAGCGAUUAUCACACAAUACCAGAUCACGUUUAUCUAUCGCAACAGUUGAAGGUCUGCAUGCAAGAAGGAGAUUUUGAUAAUACUCUGGGAUUGGACUUCAUGAAGAUUUUCGACAACUCGUUAGCUAGUUUCGAUUUGUCUGUUUGGCCGAAAGUCCUAAGAGCUUAUGAGCAACUUAAUGUGAAAGCGGAACCUCUUACUUUAAUUGUUCCUCAAUUUGAGGUGCCUUUACCACCAUUAGAUCCAGCGGUUUUUCCACCAAAUUUUCGAGAGUUGCCACCUCCUAAGUUGGAACUUUUCGAUUUAGAUGAAAUGUUCAGCAGUCAAGAAGUUAGGCUAGCUCAAUUGACAAACAAAUGCGAUGAAGAUGACCUGGAUUAUUAUAUUCGAGAAGUAGGAGAAGUCUUAGGAAUAACAGCAUCAUUGGCUUCUGAAGAUAAAGGAGCCAAAAAGAUUAUGGAGCAUGUAUUAUUACAGCUUGUUGAAUAUAAGAAACAGAACAAUAACGAUAAUGAUGGAGCUCUAUAUGAUUUCACUGCUGCUAAUGAUCUAAUUAAUAAUGCAGAUUUCGACUUACAUGAUCAGUUUUCCGAUAUUGAUGAGUACGAUGAUUUGGAAUAA